AUGUCGCCGCGCGUGCGUGCUGCGUGCGCCCUUUGCAUCCCUCUGCCCUCUGCCCAUGCCACCGCAAAACAAAACAAAAAAAGGCUGCCCCAUGGUCGACGGCAUGCACUCAUACAUAGGCGCUCGCAGUCACCGUCGGCCGCCGUCGUUGCAGCAGCAGUUCCAGCUCCACGCGCAGCAGCGCAGCCAGCAGCAUCCGCUCCAGCAGUAGCCGCACCCCCGGCGCAGGCGAGAGUGCAGGGUUGUGUUCAGGAGAGACGGGGCCCGCCUAGGAUCCAAGCAAAUGGCGCUCGCCGGUGA